AUGCGCCCAAGUGUAUCUCUCCAGCGCCUGGGACGCCUAUUCCCUCGCUCUCCGCGGGGACUCUGCCCGGCUGCCAUCUCGUCGCGAUCCUUCUCGAGCUGCCUGCCCGCGUUGGCCGGCACACCGCCGCGAGGCUGGACACCUACGCCCUUUGUGACGGAGACAGUGGGAGGUGGCUGGCACACCUAUGACAUCUUCUCUCGGUUAUUGAAGGAACGCAUCAUCUGCCUCAAUGGCGAAGUCGACGAGACGCUCUCAGCCUCGAUUGUCGCGCAACUCCUCUUCCUCGAAGCCGACAACCCCCAGAAACCCAUCCACCUCUACAUCAACUCUCCCGGCGGGUCUGUAACAGCCGGUCUCGCCAUCUACGACACAAUGACCUACAUCGCCGCGCCCGUCAGCACCAUCUGCGUCGGCCAAGCCGCGUCCAUGGGCUCGCUGCUCCUGUGCGGCGGCCACCCAGGCAAGCGCUACUGCCUGCCGCACUCGUCGAUCAUGGUGCACCAGCCCUCGGGCGGCUAUUUCGGGCAGGCGACCGACAUCGCCAUCCAUGCGAAGGAGAUCCUGCGUGUGCGCACGCAGCUGAACCAGAUCUAUCAGCGCCAUCUCACGGGUAAGAAGCAGCUGUCGCUCGAGGAGAUUGAGAAGCUUAUGGAGCGGGAUUACUUCAUGGGCGCGAAUGAGGCGCUGGAGCUUGGGGUUGUUGAUGAGAUUUUGGAUCGGAGGGUUAAGAAUAAAGAGGAUGGGGGCGAGGGUGCUGGGAAGCCGCCUACUUCGUAG